UUUUGGAUCAGCAGCAGCAACAACACUGGUCUAAAUAUAUUACUUUAUCGCAGUUUUCACGGUUAAUUUUAACACUAUAGCUAUGGGAAAUUAUAAGUCAAGGCCUCAGUCAACGUGCUCUCAAGAGCUUCUUAGAAAGAUUUUAGAAAAUUAUGCUCUUUUAGAAGAAAAGCUGCAGGAAGACCUGCAUAUGGAGGACAUUGAUGAUCUGACAGAAGGCAGAAGAGUCUUAUGCAAUGGAACAUCAGACCAUUUGAUCAAUCUAAAUUCUGAUGCUUUUGGUGAGAAGUUAGACAGUGGCCUGAGUCUCAUGAACCUUUGCUGCUUAUCCACUCUUGGUGUUAAAAUUGAUGAAGUGAAAGAGAAGAAGGAAGAAGACGAAGCAUUAUCUCGGGCCCCUUGUUUCAUCCAGCUUGUGAAGCCUUCACGUGACAAAAAUAAUCGGAAAGAAGAAAAUCAAAACACCACUAAAGAAAAUAAAAGUGAAUUGGAGAAGUGCAAACAUCAAAUAAAAGUUCAGACAAACAAAGAAAUAAGGGAUCAAAUUCGUCUUUUGCUGCAAAAAGGAGCUGAUCCUUCUAUUAUCAGUAGAAAUGGGUUCUCACCACUUCAUUUGGCAUCUUACAAGGGUGAAGUUGAAUUAGUGCGACUAUUUCUUGAAAAAUGCAAUCACCUGGACCACGCUGGUGCAGGGAGUGUAACUGCCCUUCACAUCUCAUGUCUUGCUGGUCACCUGGAGGUGACUCAAGCUCUGGCUCAGCGGGGUGCUAACAUAGAGGCUCGGGAUGCUGUCUCCUUUUCCCCACUCCAUAUUGCCUGCCUCUUUGGAAAUGAAUCUGUAGUUGAGUAUUUACUGUCACGUGGAGUCGAUGUUAAUAUUGCAGGAUCUGUUGGUGACAGACCACUGCACCUGGCUGCUACUCGAGGAUAUUACAAAAUUGUACAGUUACUUCUCAAAAAAGGAGCAAGAGUACAACUCCAGGAUGAUGAGGGUAACACUGCUCUGCACUGCUGUGUAAGGAAUGGACACUUCAGUAUCCUCAGCUUACUGCUACAGCCUCAGUAUCGUACAGAUGCUCACAUCACUAAUGUUUACCUUGAUACUCCACUCCAUGUAGCAUGUUACCAUGGAUGGAUUGAGUGUGCCAAAGCUUUGCUGACUUAUGGAGGCUCCAGUCUCCUCUUGAAAGAGAAUCUCUGGGGAGAAACUGCUUUGCAUGCAGCUUGUACUGGAGGACAGUGUAUAGACCUUGUAGACUAUGUACUGAGCCAAGAUGCUGCUUCAGUUAAUUACCAGAGUCCAGAUGGCCACACACCUCUUCACUCAGCAUGUUACCAUGGCCAUACAAGAAUAGUUCAACUUCUGUUGAGUCAUGGAGCAGACAUCAACCUUACUGCUCAUGAUCGGUGUUGUAAUUCUGAGAAGAAGGAAGAACAGACCCCCCUUGUGUGGGCCUAUGAUCGAGGACAUGAUGAUAUAGCCAACUUCCUAAAGCACUUUCGUCGUCCAGGGCUUGAAGAUUAUCCGGGGAGGAAUUUAUUUUUCGGGUUGGACACAUUUUAUUUUCCCACCCCUUCACAAUUUGGCAACUGGGAAAAUUGAUUAAAGGUAAAGAUCGAUGUUCUAUAUUUGCGCUCGGUGCUGCCACCUCACCUGCACCUCAGUUUAUCAGAGAUUGAGAGUUUAGAAAACAUUGGAUCGGGAUCAUUCGGGAAAAUAUACAAAGGAAAGUACAAUGAUAAGAUUGUGGCAGUAAAAAGAUACCGGGGCAACAUGUCUUAUGGGAAGAGUGACGUUGAGAUGUUUUGCCGCGAAGUAUCUGUUCUGGGCUCUUUGGAUUCACCAUACAUUGUCAGAUUUGUGGGAGCAUGUCUACAUGAUCCAAGUCAAUUUGCAAUUGUAACUGAAUUUGUUCCUGGGGGAUCCUUGUUCAGCACAUUACAUGAGCAGAAGAGAUCUAUUGAUACCAUAACAAGAUUUAAUAUAGCUAUAGAUGUGGCAAAAGGCAUGCAUUAUCUUCAUACUCUCCCUCAACCAAUCAUACAUCGAGAUUUAAAUUCGCAUAAUAUUCUUCUCAACAAUGAGUGCCGUGCUAGAGUUGCUGACUUUGGAGAGUCACGAUUUGUGCGUAACAUCUUUGAGGAAAAUAUGACAAAACAGCCUGGUAAUCUUCGCUGGAUGGCUCCUGAAGUGUUUACACAGUGUACAAGAUACUCCAUCAAAGCUGAUGUAUUCUCCUUUGGGCUGUGUUUGUGGGAACUAUUGGCCUCUGAGUUACCUUUUGCUCACUUGAAACCUGCUGCUGCUGCUGCUGACAUGGCUUACAAGCACAGUCGACCUCCUCUUGAAUUAGCCUUCCCAGUGGAAGUGUCAGUACUUCUUGAAAAAGCUUGGCACAAGGUUCCAGAGGAACGGCCAGAUUUUUCUCAGAUUAUAGAAGAACUGGAAACUUUGUGCAAGUCUCAGAAGUUGGCUUUACAGGAUGGCCGGGAGCAUGUUCACCCACACCACCACCAUCACCACCACCAACACCCUCACCACCACAACCUUCAUGCCUGCUGUGCUGCAUGCUCUCUUGGUUCACCCACAGGCAGCACCACUCCCCCUGAUGCUUCUCAACACUCCAAUUCAGAGCUUUCUGGCCAUGUCACAGCACUGCGAACCCGAUGGGAACAGGAAGCCAGUCGAGGCCAGACUGCAUUCAAAUCCUCACAUCCAACAAUUGAAGAGCUGAGAAGUCGUAUGAAUAAUAAUGGUUAUGUAGAAGGAAAUACAUAUCAGUAUCGUAUUGCCCCCAUUUUCAGUAAACAUCGAAAGUCCAUGUUACAGAAUUACUGACAUUGAUCAUGAAUGAGUAUGGGUGAUGGAUAGUAACAUCGUAGAGGGUUGUUUUUAUUGGAAAGGACAGAGUUCAAGCAUGCAGCAUGGUAGUUUAAAAAAUUACCGAGGAUCAGUAAACUUAGUAUAAUAUUUGUGUGCUGCUGGCACUAUGAGUGUGCAUUAAUUUUUGAUUUAGGAGUGAAACUGAUUGUAUAUUAUUAUUAUUACAAUCAAAACUAAGUGCUAAACCCAUAAGGGUCAUACAGAACUGCAGCUGUUUGUAUAGAAGCCUCAUAGGUCUUCACUUGUUGUCAGUUUUAUUAAACUCAGUUUAAAUAUUUCUAAAUUUCAUAGCCUUAUACACUAACCCAUCUUGUAUUACUGGAAGGAAUACAAAGGCACAUAAUGAGCCCAGGAAGUAGGUCCCACUGUUCUCUUGGUUGAGAAAGGCACAGUGAUGAUCUAUUUACAGCAAACACUGUUGGGAUACUUGGCAAGGACUAAUGGUAAACUUAUGGCAUUAUAAAUUAUUUGAAUACUUAUUUAAUGUUUGUGAAAGAUUUGCCUAAGAAUUUUUGCAAUUUUUACACUCGAGUCUGCAGGAGUUAAGCACUUAUUAUUAUAUUUCAGAACAACAACAAUAAUAAAUUCACAUUCUAGUAUAUAUCAAGGCUAUAUCUUCUAAUAGAAGUUGACGUCUAGGUAGAUAUACAUCAUCAGUUGGUGCAGAUUCCUAGAGAUGUUAUAGUCUUUCCAAAACUGAGAGGUUAUGACAUCUGAACAUGUGGCUAUUCUUUCAUGAUAGUUCACUCUUCACUUAUUUAUCCCAUUUAAAAUGGUCAGGUGGAGGGAGAGGGGUGACAAAGCUCCAAUUGGAGAUUUGAUUUUUUUUUUUUUUUUUUUUUGUUUUUAGAAAUGUAAUUAUGUAUGUAAUUAUGGUUUUUUUUGUACAUCAAUCAUUUCCCAACAUUGUUACUAUUCAUAACACUAGUCUUAGCAGCUGGCAAGUUAAGGUAGCAGCCUUUGUGGCUUGUUAAACCAUAUAAAGAAAGGCAUUUUAAAUUCUAAAAAUAUGUAUAUUAGUUCUGAUGAACCACUCAGGAAUCCCACCACCAGUACCUUCGAUUCAGCAACUCUCUCUAUGGUAGUGGCCAAUUUAUGCAUAAAUUUAACCCUUAAAUGGUCCAAACGUAUAUAUACGUUUUUUCAACAUCUGAAAGUAUGUAAAAAAAAUGUAGAUCUUUUUUUUUUAUUUUACAUGUGAAAAUGUGUAAAAAAAACUUUUAUCUACAUUUUUUUUUGUUAUAUUUGAAAAUAUGUAAAAAAAAGUAGAUCUACUUUUGUAGCACUACGAAUUUGAACGUUUAAGGGUUAAGGGGGUGUUUUGGGGGGCAAAGAAUCUAAGGGUUGAUAUAUAUUCUAGUACAUAUAUACAAAAAACUUGUCUGUCCAUUCCAGUUUUGCCCUUGAACACUGUUUAUCUGUGGCUUCACCAUAAUCCUCUCUUUUUUUUUUUUAUAAUGAGUGCUAAACCUAUAAGGGUCAUAAAGCACCCCAAAAUCCUCUACUGUACAAAUUAAGAUAAAAAAUUAAAAUUUUUAUAUGAAAUUGAAGAGAUAUAAUCUUUUUCUUUUUGCCUUGUUUCACAGUUUCU